UCGCUUCCGCGCUUCAUGCGUCUCACGUUCACCCCUGAAUCCCUCGAGAAAGCCUAUCAGACGUAUUUUCUCCGCCAGCGGCAGGAGACCCUACUGGUGCUGAUCGUGUUCGCGGCUCUUUUUAACGGUUAUGUGGUCAUCAUGUGCGCGGUGGUUUACUCUCAGGAUAAACUGAACACUCUCGCGGUGGCGGCCGCUGGUCUGGUGUUGGAUAUUCUGCUCUAUACCCUGUCCCGGUUCCGGUUGCUGCCCGAGUCCGUGUCCCGGAGCCUCGUGCCGUACGCGCUCUGGCUACUCAUCACGGUACACGUGCUGUGCUACUUCGGUUUGAAUUUCGCGGGGUUUUACGCCGCCAGUGACUCGGUCGGAUGGCAGACCUUCUUCAUCUUCUCAUUCUUCCUCACGCUCCCGCUGCCGCUCGCGCCCAUCGCGCUACUGAGCGCGCUCUCGUGCGCCGCGCACACGGUGCUGCUGGGAGUCACUAUAACGCAGAGAUACCAAGACAAACUUCAGAUAACAAUACUGAUCAGACAGCUUGUGGCGAAUCUGAUGCUGUAUUUUGGUGUCAUGCUGGUGGGCGUGAUGUCUUAUUUCAUGGCUGACCGAAAAUACCGCACAGCGUUUCUAGAGGCCAAACAAUCUCUGGAAGUCAGUCUUACACUAAAGGAGCAGAGUCAACAACAGGAGGAGUUGUUGUUGUCGAUCUUGCCGAAGCACAUAGCAGAUGAGAUGCUUCAGGGGAUGAAGAAAGGGGCCAACCAAAAAUCAGAUGCCCAACAGUUCAACACCAUGUACAUGUACCGCCAUGAAAAUGUCAGUAUCCUUUUUGCAGAUAUUGUAGGUUUUACUCAGCUGUCGUCUGUUGUCACUCCUAAAGAACUCGUUAAACUACUCAACGAGCUCUUCGCUCGUUUCGACAAACUAGCACAAAAACACCAUCAGCUGAGGAUCAAGAUUCUGGGUGAUUGUUAUUACUGUAUCUGCGGUUUGCCUGAUUACCGUGAAGAUCACGCGGCCUGUUCGAUCAUGAUGGGCCUGUCCAUGGUAGAUGCCAUCUCCUAUGUGCGUGAGAAAACUCAGACGGGGGUGGACAUGCGUGUAGGCGUGCACACAGGUACUGUUCUAGGAGGAGUCCUGGGACAGAAGCGUUGGCAGUUUGAUGUCUGGUCCACUGAUGUUACCGUGGCAAACAAGAUGGAGUCGGGGGGCAUCCCAGGGCGUGUACACAUAUCUCAGAGCACAAAGGACUGUUUGCACGGUGAGUUUGAACUGGAGCCGGGGAACGGAGGAGAGCGCUGUGACUAUCUAAUGGAGAAAGGCAUCGACACGUACCUGGUACUCAUGUCUAAAGAAACAGCAAAAACUAACGGAGUGACCAACGGGACGCUGAUCAACACCACAGAGACCAGACGCAGCAACACGUCAUUAAAAAACACACAUGAGGAGACAGAAACACAGCAGUUGCAGCUGGCUGGAAUGGCAGAUGAAGGGAUGGAAGAUGAGCAGGAUCUCACCCAUCUGCUGAACGAAGUUCUGCUGGAGAGAGAGUCAGAAGAGACUCUGAAGGAGAGGAGGACAGCUGUUCUGUCUCUGAGGUUUGUGGACUCUGAUCUGGAGACUCGUUAUUCUGCAGAGAAAGAGAGACUGACUGGUGUUGCUUUCAGCUGCAGUUGUGUAGUUCUGAUCUUCACCUCUGCCAUGGAAAUACUCAUAGAUCCACAGUUGAUUGUGAAUUAUGUGACUCUGGCUGUGGGUGAGGUAUUACUGCUGAUUCUGACUUUGUGUUCACUGGCUGCCAUCUUCCCUCGAGUGUUCUCCCGGAGGUUGGUGUCGUUCUCGCAGUGGAUUGAUCGCACACGUUGGGCUCGUAACACAUGGGCCAUGGCUGCUAUAUUUGUUCUGACUAUGGCUGAGGUGGCCGAUAUGCUGAGCUGUGUUCAGCCUCCUCUGCUGCUGCUCAACUCCAGCUCUGGCCUGACUCUCGAAUCUCUGGGUGAUGGUGGGUGUGCAGAGAACCCCAAACAUUACAGCUACAUAUCUGUGUUGUCGCUUGUGGCAACCGUCAUGCUCGUCCAGCUCAGCCAUGUCGUCAAGCUGGCGCUCAUGCUGUUGGUUACCAUAGCAACAGGUGCCGUAAACAUUCACAGCUGGAUGUACAUUUACGACAUCUACGAUUUAAUUCGCUACCUGGACUACAGUGUUUCCCUGUUUUUUCUGAAUUUCAUGUGACUAUGUGUGUGCGUCUACAGGUACUCUGUGGUUCCCACCAGAUAUCUGCUCACCGUGAUGAUUAUUAUUAUGAUGAUCAGUUUCUACUACUUUGCACGUCAUGUGGAAAGACAGUCACGUAAGCUGUUUCUGUGGAAGAUUGAGGUGCAUGAUCAGAAGGAGAAAGUGUAUGAAAUGAGAACAUACAAUGAGGCGUUGGUCACUAACAUGCUGCCUGACCAUGUAGCCAAACACUUUCUGGGCUCCAAGAAACGAGAUGAGGAGCUCUACAGUCAGUCUUAUGAUGAGAUUGGCGUGAUGUUCGCCUCUAUUCCAAACUUCUCUGACUUUUACACAGAGGAGAGCAUAAACAAUGGAGGAAUAGAAUGCCUUCGCAUCCUGAAUGAGAUCAUCUCUGACUUUGACAGUCUCUUGGAUCGCUCCGAGUUUCGUUUCAUCACAAAGAUUAAGACCAUCGGUAGCACGUAUAUGGCUGCAUCAGGUGUGACACCAGAAAGCAACACUAACGGAUACGGCAACCGCAAGUUGGAGGAUGAGUCCAUUUUAGAGCGUUGGCAACACUUUGCUGAUCUGGCAGACUUCGCCCUGGCUAUGAAAGUCACUCUUGGAAAUCUAAACAAACAGUCAUUUAAUAACUUCAUGCUGCGCAUAGGUCUGAAUAAGGGAGGCAUAUUAGCUGGAGUCAUUGGUGCUCGUAAACCUCAUUUUGAUAUCUGGGGAAACACUGUGAAUGUGGCCAGUCGUAUGGAGUCCACUGGGGUCAUGGGUAACAUACAGGUGGUGGAGGACUGCUAUAACAUCCUGAAGGAGUACGGUUUCCGUUUCGUCAAAAGAGGACCCAUCUAUGUGAAAGGAAAAGGAGAAUUGCUCACUUACUUCAUGAAGGGCAAAGAUAAACCUGUCACAAACACAACCGUCUCUCUCCCACAUCAAAUACUAGACAAAUCCUGAGAAGACUGUUAAAGACAAGGACAUGAUGCUUUCUUUUUUGUGUUUUGGGGCUUUUCCACAUUCUAUUGAUAAAGACAAAGAUGGGGCAGUAAAUUAUUGAGGAAAGAGAGGGGAAUCAGAGCAAUACACUGGCAGGAAUCAAACCUGUGUCUCCCACAUGAGCAAUACAGCUCAACAUGUCUGCAGUGCAUGCACUACCCACAAAGCCACAACCUGCGCACAUGUAUGUCAACACGUAAUCAAGAUUGAGCAAAAAUAUGUUUGUCUCUACUUUCUAAAGGUUACAGAAUGUUCUCUUAUGGGAGUGUUAUCAAAAGGCAGAGUUUUUUUAUCAAUUGAUUGAAUUGUAGAAUAACCGAGAAUAGUGCACUGAAACCAUAUUCUUAUUAUGUAGUCAGGGUCUUUUUAUACUUAAUCAAAUGCAGUGGUGGGCCGUGCAUUAAAAGUCUAGGCCUUCAGUGUGAUUCAUGCCAUUAAGAAAACACAGUUUCACAAUGAAUAAGACACCCUAUGCCUUUGGGCAUCAUACAUUAUGUCGCAGCUAACUAGUAAUAACAAUUGACAUUUUAAAAACACUUGAAACAACACUUAAUGCUCAAGCAAGCCUAAUUUUAACUGAAGCAUGACUGUUUUGUGAAAUGAACAUCUCCCGAACAGACAUUCAAAAAUCAUAAUUUUUCAUAUGAAUCUACCAAGGAGGUCUAUAAUACCUGGAAAAAUCUAUCUAAUAAUAUUUGCGAUUUAAAUGUUGCUUGCAAUAAAUUUCGUUUCGUCAGGGUACACGGUUA